GAUGCGCGUUCACUCGCAUCAGGGAGUGUUUGCAUUUUCAGCCGAAAUUUUUGAGCUAUCCUCCCGGUCGUUUUAUCUUAAUUAACCACUUAAUUAUCACUUAGACUGGUGUCCUAAUCUCUGUCGCGCUGGUGGUGCUGAUUGGAUUUAUUGCUGCAGCAUCUGAUGGAGCGCUAGCGUUCUCUUGUGUUCUUUAGGAUAAGUUAGAUUUGGAAGGAAGUAGAUCAUUUGUGGGCGGGCGAGAAUGGCAGUAACCAAGUCGUGGAGUUUCGUGUUUGUGCUGGUGUGGUUGUCGCUACUGCUGGCUGCCGGCAUCCAUUUGUUCUCGAAGGGAUUUCUGCUGACCCGGGUGGCGCAAACCGAUUUCAAUAGUUGCGUCCGGUACGAUGAGUACCGGUGUGAGAAUGAUAAGGAUUAUAAGGGAACCUGCAACGGGUCGGAAAAAGUUGCUUCGAUUCUGCGGGAUGUGAACCAGUCGGCAAACAUUUGCCUGCCCCAGAAAAGUAAAGUUAUUUUACUGGUGAUUGACGCCCUCCGGUACGACUUUGGCAUGUUCGAUCCGGAUUUGAAGGAUCCACUCCCGUACCAGAACAAGCUGCCGGUUAUGAUGGAAUUGCAGAACCGCUAUCCGGAUCACACUCGAAAGCUGAAGUUUGUGGCGGAUCCACCGACGACGACGCUGCAGCGGCUGAAGGGCAUGACGACCGGAAGUUUACCGACGUUCAUCGACAUUGGGUCGAAUUUUGCUUCGCCGGAAAUCAACGAAGACAACGUGGUCGAUCAGUGGGUGAGGAAUAACAAAACGGCGAUAUUCCUCGGUGAUAGCACCUGGACGGAGCUGUUCCCCGGAAGGUUCAAGCGGAAGUAUGAUUACCCGAGUUUCAACAUCCACGACUUGGACACGGUUGACCGGGCGAUUGAGGCGUACCUUCCGCGGGAAAUUGCCAAGAAGGAUUGGGAUGUCAUUGUGGGACAUUUUCUGGGGGUGGAUCACUGUGGACACCGGUAUGGGCCGCUGCACGAUGAGAUGACGAGAAAGCUGAGCGAAAUGGAUGCUGUCAUUCGGAAUGUUACGGAGCAAAUGGAUGAUGAAACCACUUUGAUCGUUAUAGGCGAUCAUGGAAUGACCCAAACUGGUGACCACGGAGGAGAAUCCACGGACGAAGUUGAUGCGCUGUUCUUCAUGUAUUCAAAGGGAACUCCUUUGCUUCCACAGCAAUAUGACGAACACAAAACUGCAAUUCAGCAAAUCGAUUUAGUACCACUCCUUUCCUCACUGCUUGGAGUUCCGGUUCCACAUUCCAAUCUAGGACAAAUCAACUUCCAACUGCUUCCGGAUUCUAAAAUCGAUACAUUCCUAAAGUACCAGUCGGCAAUGCUGCAUUUAUGGCAAAAUGCGCGGCAAAUCCAGAACUACUUCCAACAGUACGCCGAGGCCAACAAAGGAACAUUCACGGUGGAUCAGCUGGACGAUUUCGAGAACAAGUUCCUCAUGCUGACCCAAAGGGUCAACACGGUUUACACGGAGGCAGCAUUCCAGAGCUUUUCCAAAGACCUCCGCCUGUAUCUGCGAGACAUUCUGGAAAGCUGUCGCGAAAUUUGGGUCAAAUUCGAUGCCCAAAUGAUUUCCCAUGGCCUCCUGGUGACGUUCCUGACUUGCUUCGCCACGUUCAUCCUGAUUGCGAACUCGACCGCCCACCAGCUUGGGCAGAUAUUCAACGGGCAGGUCAUUUACUACAUUCUCGUUUUGAGUUUCAUGGCUGGAGCUUCUGGUUAUUUCUUCCAUCGGGAUUUCAACAUGUCCUCGACCGAGCAUGGAACGAUUUUCUUCGCUUCGAUCGCCUCCAUCGGUAUACUGUUUUUCCUGAUCAUCCAGAACUGGGCCAACAUCACAGAGAACAUCAGCCAGUACAAUCACAAGAAGAACUUUGUGACCAGGAUUUCCUUCACCUUCACGACCUGUGUGUUUUUCUCUAAUAGUUUCAUCAUUCAGGAGCAGAAAAUCCUGUCCUACGUGUUGAUUGGAUUCUUCCUGCUUGUCGUUUACAACAUCCAGAAGAACAGCCAGUUCAAAGUGGUCCGUUUCCGAUGGCCUACGUUACGUAAAUCCACAUUCCUGAAGCUGUUAGCUCUGGCCCUCUUUGGAAUCUCCUUGGUGCGUUUCUCAAGCAACUACUUCCGUUGUCGGGAAGAACAAGGAAACUGCACGGAUUACAUCGUCAAGGCCCCCACUCCAGACGCCCGGCGAAAAUCCGGACCGGAAUUUGAUCUUGUUCCGAUCGUCGCCCUCGUCUGCUACAUCAUCUGCGCCCGCUACUACCUCAGAGCUUGUGGAAACCUCACCGGAAACUCCUUCAACAUCCUCCUAGCACGGUACGGCCCUCCAUUGGGCGUGGUCUGCGCCUGUGGUCACUUCACCCUGGCCAUGAACAACACCAAAGGCGUCCCACAAAUCCACGUCGACGCCUUCGCUUGGACAGUCUACAUCCUCCUCCUGAUUCAAAUCGUCACCAUCCUCAUCCGACCGCUCAUGAUCUUCAUCCUGCCGAAAAAGAAAGAAAUGAUGAACAUCCUGUACGGUGACCAAUCCAACCCUGCUCCUGAAAUCUACCGGCAACUCCGUGACAGCUACAAUUCCAAAUCUUCCUCAGCCCCAUCUGACGAAGUCCCCAUCGUAUGCGGCCUAGCCACCGUCUACUCGUCCGUCUUCAUCUCCAUCGGAGUCUUCCUGGUCACCCUCCUAUCUCUCCUCCUCGGCGCCAACGGAACCGCCGGCCUAAUCCUAACCCUCGUCAUCACCAUCAGCUACGGCAUCAUUACCUCCAUCCUGCAGUACGAAAACUCGACCAACCUCCUAACAUGCCUCCAACCCACCUUCACGACCCUCCUCGCCUACAUCAUCCUCAUGCAGUUCGGUUUCUACUCGACGUCCCACCAACCCACCAUGUCCCAGAUCGACUGGAAUGCGGCCUUCGUUGGUCGCACCUGGUACUACGACCACAACAACGCCCUCUCCGCCGUCCUGGUCCUCCUGAACACCUUCUCCGUCACAUUCCUCUUAUCGGCUCUGUUCCCCCUGAUCAUCUUCACGCCGUUCUGUGUGUACACCAUGUGGCCAUCCCUGGCGCAGAAAAUCGUCCAGAAAGCAACCGGAUCGAAGCCAAGACCCGGAGCGAAGAGUUCCCGCAAAACUGAUGCCGGAACCGUGGAGUACCGAAGUGUUACGGUCAAUAAGAUGGACGACGAAGAGAAGAACAAUGAUGGUGAGGUGGGAAGCGCGAAGGCGAUCGAUUUCGAUGUGACCAAAGGCGAGAUCAAUUUGUACGAGAACGAGAAGUUGUUUGUGGGAACCGUGUUCAAAACUGGGUGCCAACUGUUGCUGAUUCAAGGAAUUCGGAUAUUCUGUGCCAUGUUCGCCUGUACGCUACACUGUCGCCAUCUGAUGGUGUGGAAAAUUUUCGCUCCGCGUUUCAUCUACGAAGGUAUCGGGAGCUACGUCGCCUUCAUCGGACUGAAUCUAGGUUUCCUGCUGUUGCUGCGGGUUCAUCGCGCUGUGAACAAUCUCAUCAAGCAGAUAAACAAGGACCGGUAAGCUGUUGGUGAGAGCCGGGACGAGCAUUUUUAAUUAAGUUAAGUAGGCUAUGGUUGAUUAGAGAGCUUUGAAGCACCACGUGGAAUCCAAUGCAUGUCUAGUCCGUUCGAGGUAACGAAUGCGAAUCAUUUCGGUAGAUCUUUUUGCAAAUAUAAAACGUUAUUUAUUCAAAACAGGUUUGUUCAGUGUUGAAGUUCAGUAAGAUCAUACAUUUAUCAUUAGAUGUUAAGAAUGCACCAAUUUCGUUCAUCGGUUUCAUGUAUUCUUUUCUUGAAAAUUCGAUUACCCGUACUAUAUGAUACAGCCCACCCUGUUGCAAAUAGAAAAUAAAUGAAAUUAGAUGAGUCGAUUGAGUUUAGUUGAGUCGAUAAUGGAA